AUGAUGAAGCCUCAACACGACGCUACCUUCUCACGCAUGAACAAAAUCAAUGACUGGGGAUCUUUGGAGGCCGAGGGAAAAAUAUUCAUAAUGAUGAAGCCUCAACACGACGCUUCCCCCUCAACCGCCCUCAAAAUCGAUGGCUGGGGAUCUUUGGAGGCCGAGGGAAAAAUAUUCAUAACGAUAAAGCCUCAACACGACGCUACCUUCUCACGCAUGAACAAAAUCGAUGGCUGGGGAUCUUUGGAGGCCGAGGGAAAAAUAUUAAUAAUGAUGAAGCCUCAACACGACGCUACCUUCUCACGCAUGAACAAAGUCGAUGGCUGGGGAUCUUUGGAGGCCGAGGGAAAAAUAUUCAUAAUGAUGAAGCCUCAACACGACGCUACCUUCUCAUCGCUGAACAAAAUCGAUGGCUGGGGAUCUUUGGAGGCCGAGGGAAAAAUAUUCAUAAUGAUGAAGCCUCAACACGACGCUACCUUCUCAACGCAUGAACAAAAUCGAUGGCUGGGGAUCUUUGGAGGCCGAGGGAAAAAUAUUCAUAAUGACGAAGCCUCAACACGACGCUACCUUCUCACGCAUGAACAAAAUCGAUGGCUGGGGAUCUUUGGAGGCCGAGGGAAAAAUAUUCAUAACGAUAAAGCCUCAACACGACGCUACCUUCUCACGCAUGAACAAAAUCGAUGUCUGGGGAUCUUUGGAGGCCGAGGGAAAAAUAUUAAUAAUGAUGAAGCCUGA